UCGACGAGGGCGGGAAUGCGUGUGUGAAAGACGGUGCCCACCGAGAGUGCAGUCAUCCAGGAGGGAGAAUGAGCUAUAAGAGGGAGAGUUCAGUGGAUAGCUUGGACUCUGCAGAUACCCAAGCCCCCCGACCAAGUAGUGAAGGUUGUGGAAGUGAUGCGGAAGCUGAGCAAGUAUUUAGGACGGAUAUCGCACAGCAGCCGCUCAAAGGCUCCAUCCCACCUUCACUCCUACGGAGGAAACGAAAAGAAGAAAAUGGGAACGUCUCAACUUCGUUAACCGGUGUUCUGUGCAACAGAAGCAAAUCUUUGAAUGACAUCCCACCAGGAAAUGGAUUAGUGGGCGAGGGCUGCGAGACCGGUCCAGUUAAAAGGAAUCAAGACAAGAAAUGGAGGAGCCACAGUGCGACCAGAGACUGCGAGGCCCGCUGGCAAGAUGCCUUAACAAAGUGGAAGAACCAUCGCAAGAGCUCCAAGUCCAAUCUCCGCAGGAAGUCCCUUGACCGAGAACAUGUCGUUCACAAGCUGGCCAAAGGAGCCGGGAAUGACCUCGAAAAGAAAGAAAACGGCCCCGGCGCCCAGCUAGAAAGAGACCAGCUGUCAGCACAAAGGCAGAGCCCUGCCCCACGCUCGCACUCCGCUUCCCCUCCAUCAAAGUUCUCAAGCUUUUUUUUCCGGACACAUAGUCGAGCUCCACUGACUCGAAGCUAUGCCACUGUGGUGUCUUUUAGCCCUGCCUCUUCGUAUAACCACGAUGAAGUUUCCCCCGCACAGGCUCACUCAGUUGGAUCCAUUCCUGCCGCUGAUGGGAACAUCACGGGAGUGGAGACCCAUUUUGCAUCUUUGGCAUUAACUGGAGCAGCAGUAACCACACCAACGCAAGACAAUGCUUUUAGCUCCCAAACCCAGUUCAAAGCCCGAGACGUUUCUGCUCUUGCUCAACCUGUAACUGCUGUGAGUCAGCCAGAGAAGGAUGCAGCCCAAAUUUCUUCUGUAGGCGCCCUAGUUUCUCCAAAUGAAGCAGAAUCGGCAAGCAGUGUGGAUAUCUCUGUUGCUUUCAGAGACCUUUCCCACCAGAAACCCUUGUCAGAAAUGGAGAGACAUGAAAGCCCUUCUGACAUGUCAGAAGACAAAAGUAGAUGUCAGUCCGCUGCAGGCGCCAGAAAGUAUUUCACUCGAGCUGCUUCUUGGUCCAGCUCAGCCAGCCUUCCUCGUGGUUUCAGACAAUCGGAGGGUUCCUGUCGCCUCUCGUCUGUUAUCACAGCUAGGCCCUUUGGGACCAAGUCAUCUGGGAUGUCAACACUACCAAAACGGAACAAUCUCAGUGACAACCAGAACUUGAUGAGGGCUCGUGAAGGAGAGGACACGCCAUCUCCACCUGCGAGCGCCCCGCUCAAAAGACAGACCGCCACGUCUUACCUCAGAGUUCCACACCACAGCGAUCUAGUGCGGACGGCGAAGCACGUCGAGCAGACUGCUUUUGCAAAGGGACAGUGGACUAGUUUUUCUGACCACACCUUGCAGAACAAUUCCGAUCAGGUUCAGCACAGCGAAGGCACAACUCUGCCAAGGAGCGCCAGCGUUGAUGUCCCCAAGGUUGACCGGCGAGACCUGACGGUUAGUCUUACCGCCAUACCAAACAGUAGACCGGACUCUGGUUUCCAACCCCGUUGGGAAGCUCCUGGCACAAGAAUAAAAUGUAUUCAUCCAGGCGGCCCGGCCGAGCUCUGCCAGCUGCGUGCAGUUGAUGAGAUCCCGACCGUCGCCGGCGAUCUGGCAGCGCACCUGAGCUCCAGCCUGCGGGAGGAAAAAAUGGCAUCCGCCGCGCAAACUGGCGCUCUUACCACGGAUGUUCGAGGCUAUGAAGAAAAGGGAGGUUCUGAAUCUGCAAUAUCAGAUCUCCACGUGCCAUGCCUCAUGCCGCCCUCAUCCAGCUGGUCGUGGGACCAGGAAGGCGACCGGAGACGCCAGCAGAAGUGGCAGGAAGAACAAGAGCGCCUCCUUCAGGCGCAAUAUGAGCGAGAUCAACACAGGCUGGAGGCAGAGUGGCAGAAGGCAAAACGCGACGCCAUUGAGGAGAACAACUUUGGAAUGUGCAAAGAUGUCGAGACCCCUCCAGGAGGGAUUCAUCUCCAUGGUUUGACAAAAAUAACGGAGCAGAGCCCUGAAGAACUUGCGCUUGAAUCUCCAAAUCUCACACUGAAGGAUCAUCUGAAUGACAGAGACUGGGCUGAGGGCACCUCUGGCUUUGCGCAGCUCUCUCCUGCACACAGGUUAAAAUCCUUGUCAACUCCAGCGUUAGCCGGUUCAUACAAACAACCAAAAGGUGAUUCAAGGAAAUGGAAAGAAGAGCCUGCAUCCAAGGCCGAGCGAGAGAGGCAGCAAAUCUUGGAGGAGAUGAAAAAGAGAACUCAGCUUCUGACUGACAACAGCUGGAUCCGCCAGCGUAGCAGCAGUUACUACAAGGAGCCCAUCUACAUUGGCAUGCCCCUUAAGAGGUACGAGUCUCUCGACACCCUCGGAAGUGCUCGUUCAUCCUUUACGGCAGGUUAUGACCGACCGCAUUCGGCCGCUGCGGGUUAUUGCGGGCCAAGCAGAACCGCUUCUGCCCGUUACCUUCACGGAUCGAGGUCAUCCCUGAGAAACGCGCCCACCCAGGACUCUCAUUCUGCCAGGAUGGUCAGCGGAAGGAGAACCUGCUGUGUGUGUGAAGGUCACCUGAGUAGUGGGGCGGCCAUGGUUAUUGACGCCCUUAGUCUCUGCUUCCAUUUUGCCUGUUUUCAGUGUGUGGGCUGCCAGCAAUAUCUUGGAAAAACAGACACCGGAGUACAGAUUCGGGUCCGAAACAAGAAGCCAUACUGUGAGCCCUGUUAUUUCCAACUAAAAUCAACCACUUCCCCAAGCGUGUGACGAGAACAAAGAACUCACGCUUGCAGAACAAGCCUCAAAGUGAGGACGAUCGCGUCACUGGAGGAAUACAAGGUCGAUGAGGCAAGCUGUCGUUUUGAAAUUGGUCAUUGUUGAAAGUUUAUAUCAACAUGACAAGUGGAAUCUUUUUUUUUUUUUUCGGUGUGAAUGGAUUAUCCAAUAAAGAAAUGCCUAGUGCUUUUGUCGAUGGAGUUUUGCUGUCGUUGUGGAACAGUAAACCUACUGUAAUUAUUAGCCGGUGCAUUGCAUACAAGCCCUGUUUGGAAGCCCAUGUAUUUGUAUGAGAGCACUUUGUCCCCCCCUCUGAAAUGUUACCUCACCGUGUGCACAUUGGUAUAGAAGCAGUGCUAUGGCUCCUGUUGACAACUACAAUGUGUUCAAAAACACUGUGCACUAUUUUAUUCGGGUUUUGCUCUUCAUGUGUACCAGCAGGGGGCACGUCUCUGAAUUGAAGUAAUACUCUUCCUAAUUUGGUCUGCAGUGAACACAAGCAGUCAUGUGGCAGCAUUGCAGUACCCCACGUUUUUCGUGUCAUGUCAAUCUGAUGUACGUGUAUGUUUGUAAUAAACUUGGAAAGCAACACAUU